AACCCUGCCCUCCUCACUCAGCCCCCUCUCCUGUCCCCUGCUUGCCCUCACCUGGUGAGGAAGGAGCCCUACUGGACUGGAGGAGGCCGGGGGGCCCACGGGGCGGGGGCACACUUGGCAGGCUGCGCCGGCACUGCUGCUGCUGCUGCCGCUGCCCGUGUUCGGCCGCCGAGCCAGGCCCGGCUGCCCCCCCCUUUUCUCACCCCCCACGCUCCUUGCCCCCCUCCUCGUCCCGUCUCGGCGCGGAUCAGGCCCCAGCCACCGACGACGACACCACCUCCUCCCCCUCCAUGGCCGCCGCUUACCCGGCUGCCGCCGUCGCUGUUGCUGCUGCUGCUGCAUUGUGGGAAGCGGCAGCCUGAGCCGGACCCACCUCACUCGCCGCCGCCGCCCAGACCGACUCCAGCAGCAGAAGCCGCCGCCGCCGCCGCCGCCACCAUCGCUAUGGGCGCCGUAACUGACGAUGAAGUUAUUCGCAAGCGACUUUUGAUUGAUGGUGAUGGUGCAGGUGAUGACAGACGGAUAAAUUUGUUGGUGAAGAGCUUUAUCAAGUGGUGCAAUUCUGGAUCUCAAGAAGAAGGCUAUACCCAGUAUCAACGCAUGCUGAGCACUCUGUCACAAUGUGAAUUUUCAAUGGGGAAAACUUUACUUGUGUAUGAUAUGAACCUCAGAGAAAUGGAGAAUUAUGAAAAAAUCUACAAAGACAUAGAAAACAGCAUAGCUGCAGCACAUGAAAAAAUUGCUAAGUGCAAAAAGCAGAUUCUUCAAGCAAAAAGAAUACGGAAAAAUCGCCAAGAAUAUGAUGCCUUGGCUAAAGUAAUACAGCAUCAUCCAGAUAGGCAUGAAACACUGAAGCGGUUAGAAGCUCUAGGAAAAGAACUUCAGCAUCUUUCUCACAUCAAAGAAAGUGUUGAAGAUAAAUUGGAGCUGAGACGAAAGCAGUUUCAUGUCCUUUUGAGCACCAUCCAUGAACUUCAGCAGACACUGGAAAAUGAUGAAAAGCUUUCAGAAGCAGAAGAAUCCUCAGACAAUCCAAUGGAGGUGGAAAAUAAACAGUAGAUGGACUUUGGAUUUAACUCAGAAGCCUGGAACAACAUUUUUUCUCCCCAAAUUGAAUACUUAGAAGUUUGGAUUUUUAAAUAUUUUUUCAACAGGAAACUAAAAUAUGCUUCAAUUAAUUUUUGUGAGUUUGUCCUAAUCUUUGAAAUAUGCUUUUACAUUUUUAUGUAAUACAUAGUUAGAAUUGUGUAAAAAGCUGUUCAUGUUUGUAUUCACACAGUUUAGCAGCGUUGCACCCUUCUAAGUCAAUUUAAACCAUUGGGUUUAAGAGAGUUGUAACUUGGUUUAGGAUUGCGGUGUAAAGCAUGAAAUAUCUGUCCCUAAAGAACAGCCUUGGUCCAGUUGUUACUUUUCCAUGCAGAGCAGUUUCACUGCACUGACACAGCUCCCUUUCCUUCAAAGUCUUUCUUAUUCACUUCAUAUUUUAAAAGGCAGCAAAAUCUUGAACUUUCAGAACCAUUUGAAUUGCUGUCAGUAAGCAAAGGAAUACCCUUGUCUUCCGAGUGCCACUUCCUGAGACAGUGAAAUAGCAAUCCACUGCUGCUGAAAUUUUAAAUAUUACUAACUUGAAAUCCUUUCUACUUUUACCAUCCCUGAUGGGAGUCAGCAACAACAUCUACAUGGAAAACACAUAUUUUUAAGUUUAUGCUUCUUUGUAGUCCUUAAGGAAACCCUUUGAAACUGCUUAGAGGACUGAAGUAUCUUGUUUCCCAAAGAUUCGCAUUGUUGUAGCUCUGCACUUCUCAGAGCCAGUAAUUGUAUGGAUUUUUCACUGAUGUUAUCCAAGAGAUUAUCCACCUAGUGAGAAAUAGGUAUUAAAUAAACUGACGUAUAGCAAAAGAAAAGCAAAUUUAUUUGAUCUGAAAGAAAGAUGAAAGGCUUUAGUCAUCUAAGGUACUGUGGGGGGAACGCUAUAGUGGUGAAAUGUAAAAAUUGUUUACUCUGCAAGCUCUAUGUGACAGAUGCUGUCCUUGCAAAUAGCGUCUGGCAGUAAUUAAGAACAUGAGCUGUGAGCUGGAAGUCCUUGUUCAAAUCUCAGCUUUGUGAACUCUGAGUGCCUUGAGGAACAUGCUAUCAGUCCAUCCAAUAUAAUAUGGAAACAAUAAUAGCCUUCCUUAUUGAAUUGUUUUAAGGAUUACUGAGAUUAUGUGAAUGACUAUUUGGGAAAAUGUGCUAAAUAAAUACACGGUAACAAAACACAUUUACCUGUAAAACUACAGUAGGGUACAAUCUCAUAGCAUAUUUGGUAGUAGGGGUGUGCAUUCCAAUAUUUCUGUUCUGAAACAGUGUCCCAGGUUCCCUGUUUGGUUUUGGACUGGGUAUUUCUAAUUAAAACUGAACAAGCGAUUUAGGCAGUGUUUGGGGUUGGGAAUAUCUGGAUCUGAUAUCUAAAAAAGAGGAAAAAAUUGAAAAAAGGAGGGUAUACAUUAUUUAAAUAAAUAAAGCUGAAGAUUGGGGGGGCAGGGGAGGAUGAUGGGUGAGAAGGAAGCCUGGAAAGAGAACAGGAUAUGGGAGCUGCCAGAAAGAAAGAAAGGAGAGGGGGGAGGUGCCUCCCUGUAAGUCCUUGCAGGAUCCUGAUUGUCACUAUCUAAUUCUCAUCUUGGUCUAUAGAUAUUGAAAUCUGGAGACUGCAGUCAUGAGUUGUUUGGGAAAGUGGGGGCUCAUUUCUUUUGACUCUCAUCUUACACAUUUCCUUUUAACAUGACAAACUCAAAACACACCAUUUUCUUUGUCUACUAUAUUUACGAGAGAUAUAACCUAUUUUCAGAGGAAUGUCAAUUGCUCUCAUACAUGAUGUGUGGUAAAUAUUUGUGGUUAAAAACAAGUCAUUAAGACCCUUGUGGGGGUUGUUUGUAUUAGUAAUCAGUUAAUGGAUGGGCACAUCUCUGUUCUUAUAAAAUGUGAAUGAUGCAGAUUUCAGGAUGCUUUGUGGUUUUUAACAAUCUGAGCCCUUAUUUUAUUAGAAAUAACCAUUUAUUCCAUUAUUAAAAGGCUGAUAUAGCUGUGAUGUGAAUGAUGAAGUAGCUUGUUGACAG